AUGCUGCAACACCUGGGCAGGCACAGGAGCCAGGCAGAGAGGAACCUAGUGAAGUUCAGAGAAGCUCUGGCGGGUGCGCGGGCGCAGCGGUGGGUACAGGGACACUCGGCGGGAAGGGCGGCCCGGGCCCUGCUCUGCCCCCGCUGGCCCGCAGGGGGCGCGCGCCCGCCUCGGUCCUCAGCGCCCGCCCCGCUGGGCCCGGGGAUCCGGCCCCGCCGCGGGGGCUCCGAUCGCUCUCCUCAGGCGGGGAUGGCGGCGGAGGACGAGGCGGAGCUGAGCCUGCUGGAGUGCCGGGUGUGCUUCGAGCCGUACGGCCCCGACGGGCAGCGGCGGCCGCUCAACCUGCCCUGCGGGCACGUCCUCUGCCGGGGCUGCGUGGGGGCCCUGGCCGGCGCCGAGCGCCAGAGGCUGGAGUGUCCCUUCUGCCGGCGGCUCUGCGGGCCCGCCGAGACCAGCGAGUGCCGCCCGCUGCUGCAGCUGCUGGAGCUCCUGGGCCCCGCCGGCGGCGGCCUCGCCUCGGCCCUGGGCAGGAGCGGCGGCGGGGCGGCGGCGGCGGCCCCCGCGGGGCUCGGGCUGCGGCUGUGCCUGGGGGGCUGGGGGUCGCUGGUGAACCCCACCGGGGUGGCGGCCUGCCCCGGCUCCGGCCGCCUGGCAGUGGCACACGACGGCAAAAAGAGGAUCCACGUCUUCGGGCCGAGCGGGUUCUGCCUGCGGCGGUUCGGGGAGCGGGGGGACGCGAGCAACGACAUCAAGUAUGCGCUCGAUGUGACGGUCACGUCGGACGGACACGUGGUGGUCACCGACGGCGGGGACUGCUCCGUGAAGGCCUUCGAUUCUGAGGGAAGGGGAGUCCUGGCCGUCCGGGAAGGCUUCUGUUUGCCAUGGGGCUUGGAUGCCACCGCCAAGAGCGAAGUGAUCCUGACCGACUCGGAGGCUGGCGCGCUGUACCGCUUGGCGGCCGACUUCCAAAGGGGGGAAUUAAAGAAGUGUCAGAUGAUCCGGUCCCGUCUUGUCAGCCCCAGAGCUGUUGCUGUCUGCCGGAGCUCGGGUGCUGUCGUGGUAGUAGAGCACCUGAAAGCUCGAGGAGCGAGCAAGGGCAGCACCCGAGUGACGAUAUUCAGUGCGGAGAUGGAUCUCAUCGGCCAGAUGGACAGCUUCGGUCUGAACCUCGUUUUCCCCUCCAGAAUAUAUGCUACGGCUGUGGCCUUUGACAGAGAAGGUCGUGUUAUAGUGACGGAUGUUUGUAGCCAGGCUGUCAUAUGCUUAGGGAAACCUGAGGAAUUUCCCAGCUUUAACCCUCUGAUUAGCCACGGGCUUUCUUACCCGGUCGGACUGACUUACACAGCAAACAAUUCCCUCGUCGUUUUAGACAGCGGUGAUCAUUCAGUGAAAGUAUAUAGCUCUGCCUGAGUGGGCUUAGAUGCUUCCUGCUGCAGGCUCAAGCUGCUUCUGGCCGUAAAGCAUGCGGGGUUCUGGAGUUUGUAAGAGUGGAGGGAGGAGGCGGUUGUGGGGCUUUGAGUGUAAAAUCACCCUCCGACCAACACGCCGUGCUUCCUGCAAAACUUGUAUCAUGUCUCUUGCCUACCUGUGGGAGAGAACCUGGCUGUUGCUGCCUGUAGCCAACAACAAAUCAACCAAACAAAUCACUUAGCAUUUUAAAACUAUUCCAUGCCUUGACAACCAAGUGGUUUUGGUUCUUUUUGACACAUAAUGAAAGACCAGCACGUGUGAAAGUAAUGCAUCAUUUAUUUACAUUUCCCAGCACAUAGUUACCUCUAUGCUUAAUUAAGUAUAGAUACACUCCUGAAAGAACUGUUUCCAGGAAUUGUGCACAAGGAAGGAGAUUGCCUUGACAGAAUGAUAGGAGAAUUGGAAGUCUCCAUUCAAGGUUGCAUAAAUCCAGCUAAAAUCAUUGUGAUGGAGGAGCUACCACUGAUGAGUGAGUUAUGAGAAGUGAAAUGUUCAAAGGCCAUUUUUUCCAGGAAAAUGCAUUUCUGGGGGCACUCUUUUCUCUGCUAGUUUAUUCCUGCAUUUAUUAAGGUUCUACUGGAGCACUUUGUCUUCCUCUAAAAUGCCCAAGUCUGUGUCUUUACCUGGAGAUAAUCUGAUGUGUGGUUACACAGCGUGGGCUGCUUUGCCUAAAAGCCUCUUGAAAUAGUCACGUUUAGACCACAACUACUCCUGCAUAUGUAAGUUUGAGUUGGCUCUGCUGCUAGCACAGCUACAUGUAGGAGGUUUUCAGCACUACCUGCCCCUGUUUUGCCAUUAAUAUGGUGCUUUUGCACUCCCAAACCCCAGGAUUCAACUGCAAAUUGAAAUGUUAGUGAGAGGUAAACCUCUUUUUUUUUUUUUUUUAAGCUUCCAAAUGAGAUUUUGUUGAUUGUGAACA